CAGCAGCGGCCAGUCCGCCGUCAACAGCGGCGGCGAAAAGACGGCAGCGCGUCAGCAGCCGGCGCCACCGCAACAGGAAUGGCUGUAUCCACAGAAAAGAUGCGGCUACCCCUGUCACUGUUGGCUUUCCUGGUGUCAUUCCUACCAUGCACAUGUGCUCUCCUCGCCAUGGAUCAGCCUCGUGUACAGACAGUGAAUGGACACAUGAAGCUGGUGUCGGGACUGCACAGCAAUAUUUUUCUGGAGACAACUGGCAAGGGCUCAGUCAUUGUGAAUGGCCAGAACGUGAUUCGGAUACUUCAGCUGGCAGUGAACGGCAGCAGCAACCGCAGGCCUGGUGCUCCGGACGGCUCAUCCCUUCUGUCACAGCUGAAUGACGCCAUUAACGGGCCGAACGGUCUGCUGAGGCGUGUUGCCAUGCUCGAGACACAAAACAUGACCACUACCAGCACGACUUCCGUUGACGCCCUGCGAAGAAGUGUAAAUGGUCUUUCUGGAAGGGUGACCUGGCAGGAGUUUUCUGUAACAAGGCUUCGCAACAGUCUGUCGUCGAACGAAUGUGCCAGCAACCCUUGCCGGAACGGCGGAACCUGUGAAGACAAGUACAGUGGCUUCGUGUGCCGCUGUCCAUCUAACUGGCAGGGUAUUCUGUGUGAUGUUGACGUCAAUGAAUGUGCGAAUUUUGCUGGAACCGAUCUUGGAUGUCAAAAUGGCGCCACCUGCAUUAACAAACCAGGCACAUAUGAGUGUCACUGCACACAGGGAUACUAUGGUAUGCACUGCACCCAGAGGAGUAACGACUGCGGGACAGCAUCUGCAUUCGAACUGUGCGGACAUGGCCAUUGCCAGUCCCGAGUGGGUGGCGGCUAUGACUGCCUCUGCCACCAGGGUUGGACUAACAGGAAUGGAAUUUCAUGUACCGAAGACGUUGAUGAGUGUUCAAGUAGUAGUUUGGUGUGUUCCAGGGAUCCACCUGUACCAUGCAUUAAUGUGCCAGGGUCAUUUCAUUGUGGAUCUUGCCCAACAGGGUACACUGGAAAUGGGUUUUACUGUCUGGACAUUAAUGAAUGUGAGCAAAAUAAUGGAGGAUGCAGUCUCCAGCCCUAUGUGCAAUGCAUCAACACAAAGGGUUCCCGACGUUGUGGUGAAUGUCCAGCUGGCUACCAGGGAGAUGGUAUAAUUUGCACUCGAGUUGGUAUCUGUGGCAUCAACAAUGGUGGCUGCCACAUACUUGCACACUGUGUGGAGAAUUUUGCUGUUAGCCAAAGUUAUGCUCAGUGCUUGUGUCCAUCUGGUUACAUGGGUGAUGGGAUUGGUCCUAAUGGAUGCACACCAGUGCAUUCAGAUGGUGGACCAAACCCCUGUGCAAACAAUCCAUGUGGUUCCAAUGGUCAUUGUAUUCCUGCUCCUGGGAACAUAUACAUGUGUAACUGCCUACCAGGAUACACAGGUGUUAGGUGUACAAAGACAAUUGACAUAUGCAACCCUGAUCCAUGUCAAAAUGGUGGUACUUGUAUGCGGCAGGGUCUUACAGAGUUCACAUGUAUGUGUCCAAGUAGCUUUACUGGGGCUCGCUGCCAGGAGAGACAACAACGAUGUGGUGGCUUUCUGCCCAAUGAAGCAGGCACCCUCACUUUUCCUGAUUCUAGUUCAAGAUCAACGAGCUAUCCACAUAGUAUGAGCUGUGCUUGGGUCAUUAUAACAAACAGUACAAAAGUACUUAAUGUAACCUUUACCAGUUUUCACUUGGAGGGUUCAGUUGGGUGCACCUAUGACUGGCUGCAGGUGCAUGAUGGGAGGUCUCCAGGAGAUCAGCUCAUUGGUCGUUUCUGUGGUGACACUCCUCCUGGAGGUGGACACCUCAUUUCCACUCAUAAUGCUCUGUAUUUGUGGUUUCGCUCUGAUGGCAGCGUGAAUAGGGAAGGAUUCUCAUUAACGUGGAAUUCAGUGCAACCUGAGUGUGGUGGCAGCAUUACAGCAAAAUCACAUGGCAGUCUGCAGUCUCCGGGCUCACCAGGAAACUAUCCACGGAACAGGGACUGUGCCUGGAUCAUAAGGGCUCCUUUGAAUAAUCAAAUCCAGUUUCAUUUCUUCUCUCUUCGAAUGGAGAAUCACACCACUUGCUCUUUUGAUUUUCUCAGGUUCUAUGAUGGACUUUCUGAACGUGAUCCGUUAUUUGCUGAAUUCUGCAAUUCAUCAGAACCAGAACCUCUAACAUCACCAGGAAGCACAGUUAUGAUUCGUUUUCAUUCAGACAAUGAAAGCAGUGACACAGGCUUCCAGAUUGCAUACUCCACAGUCCCAGGUGUUUCUAGUUGCGGUGGACGGUUCACGGAUGCUGAGAAAACAAUUACAUCGCCCUACUAUCCACAGUUGUACCCUUAUAGAAUUGAUUGUGAAUGGACCAUACACCUACCUCCAGGAGAAAGGCUAUAUGUUGAAUUUACUGACUUUGAGCUGGAAUAUUCAAAAAGCUGUACAUCUGACUUUAUCGAGUUGAGAGAUGGCAAUUCAGAGGAAUCCCCACUGAUCGGCCGCUACUGUGGAGUUUAUGGGCCAGCCAGCUUUAUGUCAAAUGGCAAUAAACUCUACCUUCGUUUCCGGACAGACCCGGCCCUAGGUGGAAGAGGCUUUACCAUGAAAUAUCAUGCUGUUUGUGGUGGUGUAAUAACUGCUCCAUCUGGACAGAUACAUUCUCCACUAUAUCCAAAUACAUACCCCAUGAGGAAACAUUGCAUUUGGGAAAUCGAACAGCCACUAGGAAAAGUCAUUGAGCUUAAUUUUGUUGAUUUUGAUUUGGCACCCUCCUUGUAUAUGUGGAUCUCAGUGAUAGUAUGUGAAUUUGAUGCUUUAGAGAUUCGUGAUGGGCACAACAAACAAUCACCAUUGAUUGGACGAUACUGUGACAGUGCCAUACCACCAACUAUUAUUUCCACGUACAACCAUCUUUGGAUGGAAUUUACUUCAGAUGUUUACAGACAGGGGCAUGGAUUUUUAGCAAAUUACACUACAAUUGAUACUGGAUGUGGCGGCAUCAUGAAAGGAUCUAAUGGAACAUUUGAAUCUCCACGAUAUCCAAAUUUUUAUUCCCCUGGAGAGACUUGCCGAUGGAUUCUUGCAGCACCACCAGGAAAAUAUAUCCAACUUACAUGGGAUUCAUUUGCUUUGGAAGGAGAUUUUGAUGAAGACUGUGGCUAUGAUUAUGUUGAAAUUUAUGAUAAUUCCUCAAUUGGUGCCUUAAGUAUGGGCAGGUUCUGUGGUGAAAGACUUCCACCAGUAUUGAUCACCACAGGAAACAUAAUGACAGUUGUGUUUCAGUCUGAUCAUAGUAUUAAUUACCAAGGAUUUAGUGCACACUACAAUCAAAUAGAUACUUCAGGAACAUGUGGUCAUACUUUCCAUUUAACAAUGGGUGUCAUCCAGUCCCCACGAUAUCCACAGUAUUACCCUCCUGAACAGAACUGCACUUGGAUCAUAUCUGUUCCAGUUGGUCAGCAGAUUAUGUUAAAUAUCACAAACUUUGAGGUUCAGUGGGGAUCUAGGUGCCAGUAUGACUAUCUGGAAAUAAGGAAUGGAGGCAGUGCACUUUCACCAUUAGUGGGCAAAUUUUGUGGUACAACUAUACCAAGGACAAUCACAUCACACAGCCAUCUCAUGUUUAUACACUUUGUAACAAACAAUUCUGGCCGGAAUAAAGGUUUCCAUCUCACAUGGGAUGUAACAGCAACAGGAUGUGGUGGAAUUAUGACAAGCCCUUCAGGAUCAUUUAGUUCUCCUAAUUAUCCACAAAACUAUCAUGAUGUGUCAUAUUGUACAUGGAAGAUAUCAACAAGCAGGGGAAGUAUUCUGCAGCUUGUCUUCAUUGACAUAGAAAUGGAAGAGACGGAUGACUGCUCCCAUGACUAUGUUGAGAUUCGUGAUGGAAAGGAUCCAUCUGGUCGACUCCUGGGUUCUUACUGCUCUAGUUCACAUCCACCUUUUAUUAGAUCAUCUUCCAAUCACAUGUUUGUUACAUUCAAGUCUGACUACAGUAGCAGUGGUCGAGGCUUCCAUGCAAAGUACAACACUGUCUGUAACUUAGAUCUUCACGGUUUUCAUGGAGUGAUAGAGAGUCCAAACUUCCCAGAAAUGUAUCCAAAUUCUCUGGACUGCACAUGGAAUAUAAAGGCACCACGGGGUCACAAUGUAUCUAUUGCAUUUUCACACUUUGAGUUGCAGGAUUCUGGAUGGCUCUGGAACAUUUUCAGGCGCGUAAGGCGGUUCAUCUGGCCAAUCCUAAGGAAACCAACUUGCUGUGGUUUUGAUUUUCUUGAGAUAAAGGAAUCUUUCAAUAAUGGCACAGCUCAACGCACACUUCUUAAAGAAUGUGGCUCUCAAAUACCAGGACAACUGGAGAGUCAUACAAAUACAGUUCAUGUUCAUUUCCACACAGAUGGUGAUGCAGCUUUCUCAGGUUUUCAUCUUGAAUGGACUGUCAAAGGAUGUGGUGGGCAUCUUGAGCAACCAUUUGGAGAAUUUACGUCUCCUUCAUAUCCUGAUCGCUACCCAGAUGAUGUUCUAUGUGAGUGGCUCAUCACUGUUGAAUGGGGCAGUAGUGUUCAACUCACUAUUGAAGACUUCAGUAUGGAACAUGUCAUAGGGUGCAAUGGUGAUUCACUCACGAUAUAUGGUGGUAUAGAUGACAUGGCACCCCAACUCGUUCACCUCUGCCAUACUCAAGGAAAAGCAAUGAAGUACACAUCAUCUGGGAAUAAUAUGUUUAUUCGAUUUGUCAGUGAUUUAUUCUAUUCUGGUAGAGGCUUUAAAGCUUCAUUCAAGACAGUACCAUCACGGUGUGGUGGUCAUUUAACAACUCCAAAAGGAUCAAUUCAUUCAGGCAACUAUCCUAACAAUUAUGAUCACCUUGAGGAUUGCAUGUGGCUGAUUGAAGUUGAACCUAAUUAUCGAAUCAAAUUUACAAUAAUUGACAUUGACAUAGAAUUCAGCUCAGAUUGUAAUGAUGAUUACCUUGCAAUUUAUGAUGGUUCAUCAGCAGAUAACAAGACGCAAAGGUUGGCAAAAUUGUGUGGCUCUAGCAUGCCACAACCAGCAUGGUACCUUUCUACCUCCAACAGCAUGAUGAUAAGAUUCAAGAGUGAUGGAUUACACUCUUCAAAGGGCUUCCUGGCAAAUUAUACUGUGAUGUGUGGUGCAAGAAUUGUGACUGAAGAUGCUGGACAAAUUUCCAUGGAUGAGUCUCUGGAUAUUACACCAGAUACUGUUGGCAACUGCACAUGGACUAUUGUGGGUGCAUUACCUGAUGAUCAUGUGACACUUACUGUAACACACCUGGAGUUCUCACAUAUUGAUGCCACUGACUGUUAUCCAGAAUACUUAGAAAUUCGUGAUGGUGAAAAUGUGAAUGCUACACUCAUAGGGAAGUACUGUGGUUUCAGAAUACCAUCACAUAUAACCAGCCAUGGCAAUGCAUUGUUUCUUAAUGCUGUUACAAUGAUUGGUUCACGCAGUGGUAGAUUUAUUGCAUUUUAUUCAGUUGCAAGAUCAGCCUGUGGUGGAGAUUUGACAUCUGAGUCUGGAUCCUUUGCAACUCCUGGCUACCCUGGCAGUUACCCUCUAGAUAUAGAGUGUGUAUGGUCUAUCAGGACAUCACCAGGAAAUAGUGCUGUAAUCACAUUCUCUCAGUUCUCACUUGGUGGUAGUAACUGUGAUGAAGACUACGUUGAAGUACGCCGAGAAAAUGGUGGUGGUCCACUUAUGGGCUUAUAUUGUAGUGACUCAUCACUACCAUCUAAUCUGACAGCUGCACACAGCAUCUGGGUGAAGUUCCGUAGUGGGAUAUCUGGACCAUCAGGAUCUGGCUUUGUGGCAUCUUAUCAACUGUUGCAUGGCAAUAACUUGGAAGGACAAUCAGGACAGCUGGCAUCCCCAUUAUAUCCACUACCAUAUAAAAAAUAUGGGACAUUCAGAUGGAGAAUCACUGUUGACUUUAACCAUGUUAUUACCCUGACCUUCAAGAAUUUCUUCAUCCCGCUAUAUGUUCGUGAUUGUCUAUUUUCCUUCUUGAGAGUGUAUGAUGGCUAUGAUGAGACUGCACCAACACACACAGAUUACUGUGGUGGUAGGACUCCGGAGUCAUUCACUUCAACAUCAAACAUUAUCUACAUUGUGCUGAGUACUCUUGGUGCUCGCGAAGGGGUCUAUUUUCUUCUAGAAUGGCUACAGCUGGAGCAAGUAACGCAGACCCCUGAUUAUGUUGUUCCACCUGUUAAUGCAAGUGGCUGUGGGAGCACCACUCAGCUUGGAGCAAUGAUUAGUACUUCACAAGUAAACAUCUCCUCACCAAAUUUUGGGUCUGGGUAUGAACCAAUGGACUGUGUGUGGAUAUUUGAAACACCCCCUACCAGCCAUGUAGCAGUCAAAAUCAGGACUCUUGAUGUACAUGCAUAUUCAAACUGGUGUCACAGUGCUAAAGUUCAGAUAUAUAAUGGCAAAUUUGGAAGACAAGAUUGGACACUUCUUCUAGAGACUUGUUUAAGCAAUGCAUCAUCUCUUGGAUACAUCCAUGGUUCUAGCCUUGUUAAAGUUGUCUUCCACACAAAUUACAGAUCACAUGAACAUGCGGGCUUCUCAGCUACUGUCUACAGAGACUGUGGAGGUUCUUUGGAAUUGCCCUCUGGAAUUCUGGAAUACAGUCCACAAGUUCCAACUCUUAUGGAUGACGUUUGGAAAAAUAAUGUUGUAUGCCAGUGGAAGGUGAAAGUACCAGCAGGCAGGAACAUAUCUGUCACUUUUGAACGUUUUGAUGUACCUGCUGGUCUUCACGGAGCUGGCUGUGACCAAAAUGAAUUUCUAAUGUUGAAAAAUGGUGAUUCUGAUGAUUCACCACUAUUGGGAAGUGGCAAAUAUUGUGGGCAAAAACCAAAUGGUCAGUUGCAAACAACAGGCAACAAAUUAUUUGUCAAAUUCGUGGGGCAUCGGCAUUCAGAGGGUUUCCGGAUCCGGUUUCAGCAAGUGUCACAGUCUUGUGGCGGUAACUAUGUGUUAACAAGGGAUAUUAGGAAUGUAACUAUCAGCUCACCAAGAUAUCCACAAAUACCAAUCCCACAUGUGGAGUGUAUAUACAUAUUCACGGCUCCAGCUGGAGAAGACCUGCAGAUAGAGUAUGCUGAACAUUUUGACUUACGUGGAUAUAAACCGUCUGGUUGUCCUGAGGAAGGUAUUGAAGUGCGUGAUGGAGGAACACUUGCUGCCAAAAUUGUGGAUGUAUACUGUGGUGAAAUUGCCCCAAGCACUUAUACUAGUUCAUCUAAUGUCCUCCACAUUCGAUAUUAUACCAACACCAAUACUCCUCACACUGGUUUCCAGGCAACUGUAUCAAUUGGAAAAUGUGGUGGAACUAUAAGAGCAUACAGUGGUGUGAUAAAGUCACCUGGCUAUCCAGGGAAAUAUGAGAGGAACAUAAAAUGUAAAUGGCAUGUUCGUGCCCCAUAUGAUUACUAUCAAAUUCUGAAUUUUCAACUUAUGGAUAUCGAUUUGCCUGACAAUGGUUCUUGUGAUAACUAUGACAAUGUCACAGUCUCAGAAAUAUUACCCUUCAAUAAUACUGCUGUUCCAUUGGCAACGUUCUGUGGAUCCAUGGAAACUGUCAGUGACAAUUUGCGUAAUCUACAAACAACUUACUCCAGAGCACUCAUCAGUUUCACUACUUCUGGAGCAAGAGGCUACAGCAGUUAUCCUUAUAGAGGAUUCCAUUUUACCUUCAACACUACUUUCAAUAUGUGCGUCCAAAAACUAACAGGACCAGAAAGUGAAGUAACGAGUCCUGGAUACCCAAAUACAAAAGAUAUAUAUCACUCUUGUCAGUAUGACAUUGCAGUACCCAAAGGCCGCCGUGUUUCACUUGACGUGCUUGACAUGGAUCUUGACAAUGGCCUGUGGUACAACAGACCUUCCAGUUUUAUAUCAGUGUUUGAUGGUGGAAUUGAUGGUGUGCAAAUAGCGUACCUGACAGCUCAGAAUCUAUCUGCCCAUAUUGAAUCCUAUUCCAAUCGUUUAACACUUCUUUACUAUGCUAACAAAGCAUCAGGACAUCGUGGCUUUAAACUUCACUACUCAUCUGCUGAACCAGAAGUUUGUGGUGGGAUCUUGAAGCCUGUUGGUAGUGGUGUGUUGUCAUCUCCAUCCAGUAAUGGUAGUUCUUAUUUCUGUGAGUGGCAGUGGGAUGCUUUGCCUUUGUUGGAGAAUCAGACUGCUGCUGCAAGUACAAUGACUGCUAGAACUUUCACACUUAAACUUCUAAGUGUUUAUAUUUCUGGUCCUUAUGAGGGCUUUUGUAGGGUGUGGUACAGUGGCAUAAUUAUUGUAACAGGUGAACUCAGAUUAUCAGUGUGUAAAAAUAUUACAUCACCCAAGCACAUCAGCAGCCCAUUCCCAUCAACAAAAAUUGUGGCCAAGCUGGGGACUGAUAAAGGUUUCCGCGCAUUACAAUUCUCUGGGCAGUAUUCUGUAUCUUAUUGUGGAGGAAUAAUAUUUGGACCUGAGGCAAAUGUUACAAGCCCCGAUCACCCUUCGGCGCCUUCCAAGGAUAUUCACUGUGCCUGGGCUGUCACAUAUUCUGAAGGCCAACGGGUUAAGGUGCAUUUCAACCAAGUGAACAUUUGGGGAGGUCCUGGAGAGGAACAUUAUUUGGCUAUACACAAUGGAGAAAGCAUUGAUUCCCCAGAGAUUGUGCAUUUGACACCAGGUACAACCACUGCAACAGAUAUAAUUUCAGAAACCAACCAUCUCUGGCUUGAGUACCACACGGGUCCAAACCCUUCUGGCUCUGGUUUCAGCAUACACAUGUCUCCAGUGAUUUCAGGCUGUGGUGGAGUCCUACAUGAUCACAAUCAAGAACUAUUGUCUCCCAACUAUCCAAAACAGUACCCAAGCAAUAGUGAAUGUGACUGGGAUAUUCGUAUUCCUGAUGGGUACCAUGUGAAUCUUAUUUUUAUUGAACGCUUUCAGUUAGAAAACAGCACCAACUGCCAGAAGGACUAUGUAGAGGUUUUUGACUAUGGUGCAUCACAGUGGCUGUCCCUUGGACGUCUGUGUGGAAGAGCUGGUCAUCAGCAGUUCAGUUCAACAGGAAACCGAAUGAGGGUUCUUUUCAGAUCUGAUGAUGCCACAAAUGGUGACGGCUUCAAGGCCUUAUGGAAUUAUGGAUGUGGAGGAAUAAUCUCAGACAGGAUUGAGGGAACUGUUAUGUCACCAGGUUAUCCAAAUGCUUAUUCUCCAAAUCUUACUUGUAAUCACACCAUUGUUGCACCAGGCCAUGUUAUGGAAGCUCAGUUUUUGGAUUUCAGUAUUGAAAAAGGACUUGAUGAUUGCUCUUUUGACAAUGUCACACUAUUUGGUGCAUUUCAUAGAUGGAAAAAUGUACCAACAAAUCUGGGCACAUAUUGUGGACAGGAACUACCACCUUCUAUCUCAUCAAGAGAUAGAUUGUCCAUUAUUUUCAGGAGUGAUGGAUCCAUUUCUAAAAAUGGUUUCUUGCUCAAAUACCAAGUUUAUGCAUGUGGAGGUGCCAUGUCUGCUCCUGGAUUGAUCAAGUCUCCAAAAUCAGCAAUACAACUAGAUGGUUAUUUAAUGCUGAACUGUACAUGGCAAAUUGUUGCACCAGCAAAUAAAAUAGUCCUUCUUAGAUUUACAGAAUUCAGCAUGCCAGCUGACACCCAGUGCCACUUCUCAUCAUCAAGGAUGGAAGUCUAUGAUGGUAAUGCUACAGACACCAAAAACCGCAUGGGGCUUUUCUGUUCCAACCUUACAGAUGCUCUCCCUGUUAUUUCAUCUACCAACAACUCAAUGACAGCCAGUUUCAUCACAUUCUCAUACCAGCCACCAGCUAAUUUUACUGCUGAAGUCAUCUUUAUGUAUAGUCCUUCCCAAGGGUGUGGAGGUAUUAUUCAUGUAUCUGAUAGUCCCCAGACAAUUCAGUCUGUGGAUAUUGAUCGUGAUGGACAAUAUGAAACUUUCCUUGAUUGUCACUGGACAAUUCUUGCUAAUGUAUCAAGUAUAAUUCAUCUGGAGUUUGAUUCCUUUAAUACUGAAACGUGUCACAGUCCUUUACAGACAGUUGCAGAGUGUAACUGUGACUAUCUAGAGGUACGUGAUGGUGGCAGCCAGUACGCAGAGAUGCUGGGAAAAUUCUGUGGCAGUCAAAUUCCACAGAAGGUCAUCACAUCCUCAGACCACAUGUGGAUACGCUUUGUUUCUGAUGGCACCUACAAUGCGCCAGGGUUCAGAGCACAAGUUUUUCAGAGAACAUCUCCAUGUGGUCCUCCACUUCUGAAUGUUGGAAAUACACCACAAGAAUUGAAAUCUCCUGGGUACCCAGGAAAUUAUCCAGCAGAUAUUCGUUGCCGAUGGCUGUUAAGUGGCCCUCGUUAUUUAUCUAUUGAUAUUCACAUAGCAGAUCUCCAGAUCAGUGGUGGUGGGCAGAACUGUGAAAAAGCAAGACUGAGUGUGAAUGAUAGACGGAAUGCAGAUUAUAUCAGAGAAGGCCUUGGUGAGAUGAUGGUAUACAGUGGUAAACAAAGAAAGGGCAAUGUUUAUGGUUUUAAGGCUGAUCCUAUGGCUUCUGCAAAAUUCUGUGGAAAUGUUCAGCCCAUGGAUUUUUAUUCAGGCACUGGUGAUGUUGAAAUAACCUUCAUAGCAACUUCUGAUGUUGCUCGUGGUUUUAAACUCACAUAUUCCUCAACAGGUUGUAAUCGUAAUUAUUCCCAUGUGCAAGGACGUAUCCGACUCGACAGAUUUACAGCUGAAUGUACAAUAAUGAUUUCAGCACCGGAGAAUAGUACAGUAUCUCUGUAUGUAUCUGACUUUUAUAUAGGUGGAGACUGCAAUGUAGACAGUAUGAAAGCAUACGAUGGAGGUUCAAACUCUGGUCCAUUACUGUCAACCAUGUGUGGCUUCACAUUACCUGAUCCUGUGUUUUCUUCUGGGCCAGUGUUGCUACUGCAACUGACCCGCCAAACUACACACCCAGUAAAUAUUGAUCUCACAUAUACAACAACUGAUAAAGGUACUGGUUGUGGAGGCAAAUUGUUCAACACUGCAGGCACAUUCACCAGCCCUAUGUAUCCAACUAACUUUCGUAAUAUAUCUGACUGUCAGUGGGAGAUUUCUGUUCCUCAAAACUUGCAUCCAUAUCUCACAUUUAGACAGUUCACUAUUGGUUCGAGAUCAACCUGCAGCACAGACUUUUUGGAGAUAUACGACUUGAAUCAGGCCACUGGUGUCAAAACGCUCCGCACAAAAUAUUGUGUAGAGGAUCAGCCAGCACCAUUUGAAGGAGCCACAACAACCACUGUUGUUCGCUAUGUAACUAGUGUUAAUAAUGGAGGAAGUGGAUGGGUCAUACAUUUUACAGCCAAACAUCCAGAGUCCACAUUAAUAGCAGUGUGAAUGUGUUGAAGAUAUGAAGUAGAGGAAAGUGAAGUCAUAAGGAUUCUUCUUGCUAUGCUGACAUAAUAUGACACUCUGGUGCAUAUGCAAUCAUGAAUAACAGCUUGUUCUAGAAAUUGUAAAUACUUUCAAUAUACCACUGUGUGUAUGUUUGUAUAGGGUCUUUGAGAAUGUUUUAUUGUAAAGAAGACUGUAAAUAUUCUAGUCCAUGACUUAGUAAUUAAACAAUUUCACAGUUCUGUUUCUAUA